UAGUAGUAUUACUUACUUACUCAGUUACUAGACCUAAGAAAAUGGAAGAAGAUGAUGACAUCUGGAAUUACAAAGUUUCUAGUAAAGUUCUGAACAAGGAAAGAAAAAAUAUACGAUUAAUUAAGAAUUCACCACAGUUAGUUGAAAAAAAUGAGCAUGCAUCAAAAACAAAAGUUUCAAAAGGUAAAAUUACUAAAAAAGCAUCUGUAAAAGAAAAGACAAAUAAAUCUGUAACCAGUGCACAAAAUAAUGUCAAACCUGAAGUAAUUGAUGCAGAUUUAUUUGAUGAUGACAGUUUUACAACUGAAAAAAAACCAAGGCCUUUAUCCAAUGAACACAAAGUAUUUAGAGGCUUAUUUAGUCCAAAUAAGCAAGUUAAAAUAGAGUCACCCUCUUCUCGAAAACCUAAACCUACCACCAAAAAAGGUUCAAGUGCUAAAAAGGCUGCCAAACCUAAAGUCAGUUACAGAGCAGUGAAGAAAAAUGUUUCACCAGUCCGCAGUUCAUCUUCGUCUCAAAGUUCUAUUUCAUCCUCUCCUGUAAAAAGUGGUUGCUCUUCUCAAAGCAAUAACAUUCCAAAUUAUUUUAAUUCAGAGGUCAAAACAAAAAAAAGAAAAAGUUCUGAAAAUAUAGAUAAUUUUCUUGAUUUUACUGAUGAAGAGCUCUUAUUUAUAAAAGAAUCAGAAUGCGUGAAUCAAGAUAGAAACAAGAACGCUGAGAUAUCCAACGCUCUAGUGGAUAAAUAUAAGCAUGGGAAUGAUGAGACAGAAAAGAAAGAAAGCAAAUUAGAAAGAAAUAGUUGUGAUACAAAAGCUGAAAUCAUUAAUGAAGUAGAGGGCAAAAGAAAUGAUGAGUCUAGUAAUAUUUACCAGUUACAAGACUCUGAUGCUGAUAGCAGUUCACCCAUUAAACGUGAAAUUCACUCAGCUAGUGAAGUAACAAACAUUGCUAAAGAUAAAUAUAAUGAAAAGAUAAUUCAUGCCAUAGUUGACAGUGAUAAUCCAAAGGCCAUUAACUUGUUUGGAUCAAGUGAAGAAGGUGGAUUUUUCAAUGAAAGUGAGAAUUUAGAUAUGUUUCUUGAUGAACAGACAAAAUCAGAAGAGUCUAAUUCUUCAGUGACCAAACAAUCAGAAUCUUUUUGUGAUAUAGAGCAAGUAAACUCAAGUGAAUCUGUGAUUAGAUCUAAUAAAAGAAGUGACUUCUACUCUGUAGCCUCAGGGUCAUCUUUCGAUGAACCCAACUGCUCAAUGCAGAAUGAUGUAUUUUUAGCAACACACUCACCCCCAGGCAAUCAGGGUACACUGCCUCUUCUGCCAACUAAACAAACUUCAAUUUUUUCAUUCUUCAAGUCAAGUGCACCUGCAAAAUUUGUUUCAAAUUCUCUCCCAAAAAAAAGUGUCUCUCAACUAUUUAAAAAUGUCACAUCUCGGCCCAGUUUAUCACGGGAGAAUUUCAAACAAAGAUCUAGUAAAUCAUUAGUCCAAGAGAAGUGUGAAACGCCUGACUACAAUAAAUCUGCAGAGCCUUUAACUUAUACAGAAGAAAAGGAAACAGGCUUAAACACCAACACUAAAAAGUCAUGUCCUUUCUACAAAAAAAUACCAAAUACAGCUGUAACAGUUGAUGCAUUCCGCUAUGGUGUGAUACCUGGCUGUCAAGCUUACAUUCUCACACAUUUUCAUUACGAUCAUUAUGGAGGGCUCACUAAAAAAUUUGCCCAGCCUAUCUUCUGUAGCCAGGUAACUGGGAAUCUUGUAGAAAGCCGAAUAGGUGUUGAUAAAAAAUGGAUAAAUCGUUUGCCAAUGUGGCAACCCUGUAAAGUGGCUGAUGUAACUUUAACACUUAUGGAAGCCAAUCACUGUCCAGGUGCUGUCAUCAUUUUAUUUGAGCUCAAAGAUGGCAGAAAGAUCCUUCACACAGGGGACUUCAGAGCUAGUACUGAAAUGGAGAACUAUGUCAUGUUAAAAGAUGUUGUAAUAUCAGAACUGUAUCUAGAUACAACGUACUGUGAUCCUUCAUACGCCUUCCCUCCUCAACAUGAGGUGGUCAACUUUGCUGUUACCCUGGUCCUUAAGCAUGUGAAAGAUAACCCAAACACACUGAUAGUGUGUGGAUCCUAUACUAUAGGAAAAGAAAAGAUUUUUAUAGCUAUUGCCAAGAUCCUUGACUCCAAGAUUUGUGUGAUGAGUGACAAGAAAAAAGUUUUAGACUGUCUGAAUGAUGAAGAACUAAAAUCUAGAGUAACAUUAGACUGGUCUAAGGGACAGGUUCAUGUUCUGCCUAUGGGGAAAUUGAACCAGGAGGCAUUGUUUGAACACUAUCGCAAACAUUCUCACUAUUCAUCUGUUCUUGCAUUUCAACCAACUGGAUGGACACACAGUGAGAAGUUGUUAUCGUUAGAAAAUUUGAGGCCAAAAUGGAGUAAGAAUGGUGUCACACUUUAUGGCGUUCCAUACAGUGAACAUAGCAGUUUUCUGGAGUUGAAGCGCUUUGUCCAGUUCAUCAGACCCAAAAAAAUACUCCCAACUGUCAACAAUGGAAAUCCUACAGCUCGCAAAAAAAUGGAAGAUAUUUUCAAGCAAUGGAUGCAAGAAAAGUCUGAAACAGUAGCUCACUUUUCACAACAAACAAAACUUAACAGUUGGGUGAAAUAGUUAAUAUUUCAUGUAAAUUAUGGAUGUUUGUGUUGAUAACAUUGUCAUGUUUCCUUUUAAACAAGUUAUUACCAAUAUUAAUUAAGAUUUGGAUUGUGUUUAUCACUCAAUUCACGCAUUUGAUUACUGGGCAUUGAUAGUUUUUCAAAAUAAUUUUUUUGUAUUUACUCAACUUUUGUCAACCACAUUGUGUUCAGAUUGUUAAUACAUUUUUACUACAAAUUUAUAAAUAAUUAUACUUCUCUCUUCAUACUUUUUACUAUGAAUCUAUGCAUUAUAAAGUUUUUAAUAUUCCUAUUCAUUCUAUACUUGUAUAUUUUUUUGAAGAUUUUUACUGCCAAUAAGCUGGGAGAAAAAAAUUGGAAUGUAUGAGCCCCUUUCUUCUAUGUUCAAUUUUUUCUCAGGGAAGUAUUUAUAUAUAUAUCUGCUACACAACUCUACUUAAUUGGCAUUACAAGUCUUCUACAGGACUUAUUUUGUUAAGUUAUGAGAUUAUUAUAUGAUUUACAAGUUUCAACAAAAAUGUGUCCAAUAUGUUUGUACUAGCUGUUUGAGAACAUGUUUGCAUACUUAUGUUACCCCUUUAUCACUCUCUUGAGGUGAUUGAUUGAAAUUUGCAGGGGGUAUAAAUAUGCCAUUCAUGGAUUAUUGUAGUUAAGGCAAUUAUAGUAUUAAAAAAUUAAGUCUUUUUCCUUUUUUUUUCAGCAAAGUGUUGAUAACCAUAAUAAAAAUGUAAUAUUUUUUUGUAAUUUACAUUUCAGCAUAGAUGUUCACUCAUAACUUUGUUAACCUAUAUACUUUUUCUCUCAGUCACUGAUUGUUAAAUAUAUUUGAAAACUAUAAUUUCAACUGCUAAUGUAAACUAUUAAUUAGUGACAAAACUGAUAAUAAAAAUACUUGGAUGAAGUAAAGCAGGACUUAUUUAAAUUUAUGAAACUGAAAUGUAAAAUAAAUAUCAAAGUAAUAUUUUUUUUUUAAAAACAUGAUUAAAAUAAAACUGCAUUAUAAUUAUUUUUUUUAAGCUCAGUAUAUGAUUUUAAUAUCCCUCAUCAUAAUUGUUGAUCAGUAAUUGUUAAAAAAUUUGAAAGAAUGUAUUUA